UCGGGCGGGCGGGUGAAGAGGCAGCGUAGAAACUACACUUCCCAAGAGGCGCAAUGUGUUUAGGCGCGUGGCAGUGACGUCACGGGGCCCGGCUCAGGGAGCUGAUUCGGCCAGAGCUGCCAGCGGGGUGGCUACCGCCGCUGGUUUGUUACAGCUGCUGGAGCGGCCGCGGCCCGGGUUCUCGGGCUCCUCUCCCGGGCCCUCGACCUCCGGCCCCGCGCGAGCAGCAGUCAAGAGGGGUGGCAGGAUGAAUGUGGGCACGGCACACAGCGAGGUGAACCCCAACACGCGGGUGAUGAACAGCCGUGGCAUCUGGCUCUCGUACGUGCUGGCCAUCGGACUCCUGCAUGUCGUGCUGCUCAGCAUCCCCUUUGUGAGCGUCCCUGUCGUCUGGACCCUCACCAACCUUAUCCACAACUUGGGCAUGUACAUCUUCCUGCACACGGUGAAAGGGACACCCUUCGAGACUCCAGACCAGGGCAAAGCAAGGUUGCUGACCCACUGGGAGCAGAUGGACUAUGGAGUCCAGUUCACAGCCUCUAGGAAGUUCUUGACCAUCACCCCUAUUGUGCUGUACUUCCUCACCAGCUUCUACACCAAGUAUGACCAAGUCCAUUUCAUACUCAACACUGUGUCCUUGAUGAGUGUGCUCAUCCCCAAGCUGCCCCAGCUCCAUGGAGUCCGGAUUUUUGGAAUCAAUAAGUACUGAGGUGGUAGCCCCUUCCUCAGCCAGGUUGGCAGGGGAAGGGUAGAAGGCCUUUGCUGUGAUGCUGAAGACAGGAGCCUCUGGACACUCACUGCCAGAGAUGGGGGUGUGCCCUGGGCCUGGCUUCCCCCUCGCUUCCCCAGUAGCCGACUUGGAGUAGCUUGUAGUGGGGUUAGGGUGGGGCCCUUGGGCUCUAACCCAUUCUGAAGUUUUUGAUCUUUUCCUUUUGCCUUUUGAAUAGAGAUGCCUUGGGGGUGGUCAUGAAAGGGGCUGGGCUUUCCGGCUGACCAUGGACCUCAAAAGUUGGGACAGGAAGCCAGGAAAAACCCCUGUUGGCUUGUUUACCCUCAGGCAGCCAUAGCACUUUAGCCCCUGAGAUGGGGCAGAGGGACGGUACAGCUUCUGCUUUGUUUCCCCCUCAGUCUUGAGUGUGCGGGGUGAAACUCACUUUUGUAUGUAUUGGAAACACAUGUGCUACAGUCUCCGCCCUCUAGGUAGAGCAGUCAGGCUUUGAUGGUUUCCUUGCAACCCACCCUGGGUGAGCUAUGGGGUAGGAGGAAGAUUAGGGAAGGAAGAUGGGGUUGGGGGGCACCUGUGUAGAGCUGGGGUCCAGACGCUAUGCUCUGGUCCUGGGGAGAGGGUAGCUCUGAUCAGGGGUAGGGUGGGGUCUUAGGAUUGCCAAGAUGGCAACAGCUGAUGUGAAUCAGUGUAAAAAAGAGGAUCUGGCUAGGGGAAGCCAGACCCAGCCUCCUUUGGGAUGUGGGCUGGAAGGAGAGCUGGCUUGGAGGAUUAAUUUACCCACAGACUGAUGGUGAUGGGGGAGAGCGGCCCCUGGGUUUGAAGCUCCUGGCUUGGUGUGAGGGCGUGCACAGGCUGGAACAGGCCUGUGAGUCCUCCGGAGGACUCACAGGCCCAGCUGGACACUUCCCUUAGCUGUAUAUGAGGAAGUUUCCAUGGGUGGCUCAUCCUCAGCCCUUCAACUCGUAUUCUCAUGUAGAUUGUGCCAGGGCAUGCAUGUGAGGGGCCAAGAGGCCACCUCCACACGAGGUCAGCGGGCUCCACAGUGCUAUAGGAUCCCUGCCCAAACAGGGCACUAGUAGGGACAGCUGCAGGCACUGUCUUCUCAGCCCAAAAGAGAGGUGGGUCACAGAGCCUGAGGCUAAGCUGAAGAGGGGCUGUCUUCUCCCCUCGCUGGUUCGACUGGGGCAUGUUCCUGUGAAAAGGUGUGGGUGUCUGAGCCCUCUCCUGGGGAUGGAGGGAAAUCACUCACCCUGUUUCCUUCCCCUGACCCUCAUUCUCAACCCCAUGUAUCAUAGGGAACUUUUACCUUCUGGUCUUUCUAAGCAAAGUGUGAAUAGGAUUUUUACUCCCUUUGUACAGUAUUCUGAAAAAAUGCAAAUAAAGUGCAACAUGUUCUGUUA